AUGACAGGUUUACACAUUUUCGAUCCUAUCCAGGAUUGUGAAAUCAGAACCACCGCCAAAUUGGUGAAAGAUUUGAACGGGAGCUCAAAAGUCCAUUUCAUCCAGAUUGAUCGUUUGGAUCCCCCAAAGAAGCAGGCGAUCCAGUAUCUGAAUGUAGAGAGGUACGGCAAACCAGGCGCGCAAUUACCUUACAUCCCUAGAAGAACAUAUGCUUACUACUAUUUGAACGAUGAAAUGCCAUUGUACAAGGCUCUCAUCAACGUGUCAGAAAAGCGCGUUAUCGCGAACCAGGCCACACCUGAGGGUACCGUGGGCCCAUUGUUGCCAGAAGAUAUGGGUGCGGUCGAAGAAGCUAUCAUGAAGCACCCACGAGUUCUCGCAGAGAUCGCCAAACUCAAGAUUGAUGAGUUGUCUUACCACCAUUCUCGGCUCGGGAAACUUGGCUAUUCGGUGGUGUGUGAACCAUGGAUGUACGGUACUGACUCACCCAACGAAAAGAUUCCACUCAUCCAAGCUUACAUGUACAUGAAACUGGACCACCCAGAGGCCAACCAUUACUCCAUUCCACUGCGUUUUUCUCCGGUUUUCGAAUACUUGACUCACAAAUUUGUCAGAAUCGAUUUCCUACCCGCGGGCGCCGACGAAAAAUAUAUCGCGGAGACUAUGGCCUACCAACAACUGGAAACCGUUGAGUACCACCCAGAUCUAAUCCAAGAACCCGAGCAAAGAGAGGGUUUGAAGCCCCUCAUCGUCUCCCAGCCAGAGGGCGCUUCGUUCGAAGUCGACGGCUCAAAGAUCAAAUGGCAAGGCUGGGAAUUUAGAGUAUCCACCAACGUGAGAGAAGGUGUGGCCAUUUACGACGUCCAUUUCAAGGGAAGAUCGUUGUUCUAUCGAUUCUCGCUUCAAGAAAUGACGGUCCCAUACGCCGAUCCAAGAGCGCCAUUCCAUAGGAAGCAAGCGUUCGAUCUCGGUGACUGUGGUUUCGGUAACACCGCUAAUUCGUUGGCUUUAGGUUGUCACUGUCUUGGUGUUAUCAAGUAUCAAGAUUUAACAAGAGCUGACCAAGAUGGUAACCCUGUUCUAAUGCCUUCUACAGUCUGCAUGCAUGAACAAGACUACGGCUUGUUGUACUUGCACAAGAAUUACCGUAACGGAAAUACUGUCACAACGAGAAGAAGGGAAUUUGUUGUUCAAACAAUCGCUACUGUUGCUAACUAUGAGUACAUUAUGAAUUAUGUCUUUGACCAGGCUGGUGCGAUCACUGUUCAAGUCAGGGCCACUGGUAUUCUCUCGACCAUGCCCAAUGACGAGAGUAAUGUGACUGAUUUUUCCACUAUCGUUGGUCCAGGAGUUACAGCGCCAUUCCAUCAGCAUUUAUUGUCUUUCAGAUUCGAUACUAGACUCGAUGGUGAUGAUAACACAGUUGUUUACGAUGACUAUGUUCCAAUGGAGGAAAACACCGCAUUGAACCCUUACAAUGUCGGGUACUGUCAAAAGAGAACGUUCCUCGAGAAUUCUGGAUAUAUCGAGCAGUCUCCAUUUACCAACCGUACCUACAAGGUUAUCAAUGAGAACUCCAUUAACCCUGUCACCUUGAAGCCUGUCGGUUACAAGUUUGAGAUGCCCGCUAGACAAAUGAUUCUUGCAUCAAAGAAUUCUUACAAUGUCAAGAGAGCCCGUUUUGCUACACAACAAUUUUGGGUUACCAAAUACCAUGAUGACCAGUUGUAUGCCGCUGGUGAGUUCACCAAUCAAUCUCAAGAGGACACAGGCCUUUCCAAGUGGGCUGAUGGUACCGAAAGUGUCAGAAACACUAAUACAGUAGUAUGGCCAACUUUGGCCUUGACACAUGCACCUGUGACGGAGCAAUUUCCAGUUAUGACCUCGGACUUCCUGCAAUUUUUGGUAACGCCUGCUUCUUUUUUCACCAAGAAUCCUGCUUUGGAUGUCCCAUUGGCUAAUAACAACUUCAACAAAUCCGUUUAUUACGAAGACGCUCAAAAGUCUGCUGGUCUGGCCUCCAAGGGAUCUUCAACCGCUGCUCCCUGCUGUAAGAGCAAUAUCUGA